AUGAACGUCCUGGGACCAAAGCACAUCAUCCUGUUCCCCGUGCACGUGUGGGGCCACACGCGUCCCAUGAGCACACUCGCCGCUCGCCUCGUCCAACUCGGGUCUAUCACAGUCACGUUCUUCGUGGCCGCGAAGCUCUUCGAACGCGUCAAGGCCGAGAUAGCGCGCGACGUCGAGACGGAUGUGCAGCAUGCCCGCCUAGCAAACAUCCGGUUCGUCGUGAUCGAGCAGGGCGAUAACCCGUUCGACCCCGAGGUGCUCGAACAGUCGUUCAUGUCUGUUUGGAGCGCGCUUCUCGAUGGCCGCGCCAUCACUUACACGUCGAUGAACGGGACCGAAUUCCAGUGGGAGCUCUCGACGUCGCCCCCAGACGUCAUAGUAAUCGACAUAUUCGGUGCAGGUCUGUUCAGGACGUUCUACGAGCAGCGUCGGAGCUGGACGUUGCCGCGCCCCUUGAAGAUCUACUCUUGGCUCCCCGUCACGACCAGCUGCGCCCUCGUGCUGUGGCAGCAGAACAUGAUACCCAUCGCGGAAGCUAUGGUCGCUCGCGAGAGUAUGACAUUCGACGACGCUGCUCAUGAUCUAAUGUGGACGCCGAAAGGCAAAGUCAUAACGACGCCGUGCCUCCCGCCGCUCUAUGACUACGAAUUGCAUCCGCAAGCGAUGCCUCUCCCACCGAAGUAUUCCGGGAGCCUGUUCGUCCAAACUGGCUGGAUAUUGGAGAACACAGACGGCGCGAUCACGUUCGACGCAGCUGACUACCAUCCUACGGCAACCACUGCAAUGCGCGAUUGGUUCGGGCAGACAUCGCGUCCGUUCUGUUAUGCCGGACCUCUCGUCCCGCCCAGCGCCGGUCAGGGCUGCUCGUCGCCCGACACGACUUCAGAGCCGGCUACCAAAUUCCUCGACGAUAUGCUUGCUCGCGGCGGCAAGAACUCCGUUGUGUAUGUCUCGUUCGGAUCUAUGCUCUGGCCGUCCGAUCCCGCAAAGCUCGACGCUGUCCUCGACGUUCUCAUGUCCAGGCGUAUACCGAUAGUAAUGAGCCAGCCCCCUGCCUCAACGCGGCUGCUAGACGACACCCGGCGAAAACUGGCGGAAUACGAAAGCGCGUUCUGCGCCGACUGGAUUCCCCAGCAAGCAGUCCUCAAUCACCCAGCUGUCGGAUGGUGCCUGACGCACGGUGGGCACAACUCCGUGCUAGAGUGCGUUCUGGCGGGCGUUCCCAUGAUCGUUUGGCCGAUCGUCAUGGACCAGCCUCCAAACGCCGUGCACCUCGUCGACAACCUCGACGUCGCCUACGAGCUUGUGGAGGUGCGCCAUGGCAGUGGGCUCAGCACGAUUUACCGCACGGGAAAGACCCCGAACGGAUCUAUCAACGCCGUCAAGGCUGAGAUCGGAGACGUGCUCGACCGCGCGUUCGGCAAAGAUGGUGAGGAGAAACGCGCGAGACUGAAGGCGCGCAAAACAACCCUGGAGGGUGCGUGGAAGGAGGACGGGGCCGCGCGGCGCGAUGUGCUCCAGCUUCUAGAGCGCAUUUGAGGUGCGUAUCAAGGCACCCCGCAAUGAAGACGCACCCCGAACUCCUCGAGAGCCCCGUCUAUACACGAGCGCUUCUUGCUCACCCUACGCCAUUCCGCGGUCUGUACGCCCCUUUGUCGGAGUGCUCAACCUGCUUCCUUGCACGUUCCGACAUGGGUGAACAAAGUUGUAUCACUUUC